AGUGCAUAGUGCGGGUGCGUGAAAGGCAAAAUUUGUGAGGGGAAAGGUGAUAGCGAGACUUAGCUCCGUGAAACUUCAUCUCGCUUGAGCCAAGAAAUGCUGAUACCCGUGUCGACGUCGCCGUCGUCCAGCAACGGCGAAGGAGCCAUCAAACUCUUUGUCGGACAAAUACCACGUCAUCUCGAGGAAGACGCACUUCGUCCUAUGUUUGAGGAGUUCGGCAAAAUUUACGAAUUCACCGUUCUCAAGGACAAGUACACGGGAAUACACAAGGGUAAGGUUCCAAGAAAGAGGGAAACUAUUAAGAAAUGUCCUCGUUUCAGCGAGAUGUCAUUUAGCAGUAGCGCCACGUCGCACGUUAACGUUACGAAAUUAUUUUUACGAAGCACCGCAGUCGCCAGCCACUAA